AACCGGAAUAGGGGAUCAGGGAUAGGGGAUCGGGAAUAAAGAAUUAGGAACUGGGCGUAGAGCCGACUCGAAGCCCCGGGGACCUGCGGGUGAGAGGCCUGAGAGGUCGGGAUCUCGGCAUCGGCUGACACUUCUCACAAUGAGUCAGUUUUACAAUGACGUCGAGCCAAACAUUAUCGAUGAUGAAAUGGUUCUGAAAGCCGUUGAAAAGACGUGUCCAGAGGACCUUGGAGAACUUGCCCAAGGGGAAAAUAUUAACUUUAAGGAUGUGACAGAGCUACAGCUUAGCUUUAAAAGUAUCCUGCAGAUUGAUAAUCUCUGGCGGCUGGAGAAUCUGACUAAACUGCAGCUGGACAACAAUGUCAUUGAGAAGAUAGAAGCUCUGGAGAGUCUGGUUCACCUUGUAUGGCUUGACUUGUCCUUCAACAAUAUUGAAGUAAUUGAGGGCCUGGAUACCCUUGUCAAACUGCAAGACCUCAGUCUCUACAGUAACAGAAUAUCUAAAAUUGAGAAUAUGGACACGUUGCAAGAGCUGCAGAUUUUCUCCAUAGGGAAGAAUAACCUGACCAAUCUGGAAAAUGUUGUCUAUCUCAGGAGGUUAAAAAGCUUACGGACACUGAACCUGUCUGGGAACCCCUUCUGUGAUGACAAACAGUACAUGCUGUUUGUUGUUGCUCAUCUUCCAAACCUGGUAUACUUGGACUUCAAGCUCGUGAGAGACACCACGAGAGAAGAUGCAGUUUCAAAGUAUCAAGAUCUUACUAAGCCCUUGGAACAAGAGGAGGCUCGGGCCCUUGCUCUUCAGGAGAUAAAACAGGCAAAGCAGGAAGAGCUGGAGUACCAUGAGACAGCCUUUGUUGAGCACCUGAAUGGAUCAUUCCUGUUUGACAGUCUGUAUGAAGAUGAUACAGAAGCUGCCAAACUGGCUUCCCUCCCUGGAGUGGGGGACCUGCUGCAGGCAUACAGGAAGGAGUUUGUCUCAGUUUGUGGGAAACUGUAUAACUAUGGACUGGAAGAGUAUGAAAAACGAGAAGCUGAAGUCUCUGAUUUCUACAAAAAACUUCAUGAAAUUCUAUUAGCCAGCCAGGAAGAGAGCAAGAAAGCAAUGUUUGACUUUGAAAAUCGGAACAAACAGAGGCUGGAUGAGAUUCAUCAUGCCAGGAGUUACGAUGUUGCUGAGUCUAAACGAGCCGAGUGCCAGGAGGACAUCCUUCAGCUGUCAGGUACACUCAUGACCUUGGAAGCGCUGCUAUCCAACGAGCUGGAGGAGCAGUUACAGGGUUUUAAAAGAACCAUUGAUGUCAUAGUAUCAGCAUUCAUGGAAAAUGUUAAAGAGAUGAUGGGCCAGUGCCGGGACCUGGAAAACCAGCACCAUGAAAAGCUGAUGGAGAUUGCCCUCACCACAUUGGAGAAAUCACUCAAGGGCAAGCUUGAGGAGGAUUUGCCAGCUGAUGUUCAAAUGCUCCUCGUGGACAAAAACACCAUUGUCAACGCCGUCAACAUGUCCCACAGCAUCCGCCUGCGGAAGAUUGAUAAACGGGAGAGUGACAUGCUCUGCAACACCUACCACUGGCACAUCUCCGUGACCGAGAAGGCUUUCCAAACUGAGAGCGACAGAAACCGCGCCUGUAUCAAAAGGAUCAUGUCCUACAUCAACACUCUCCAGAAGGAGCUGGAUAACACAAAGAUCUAGGAUCCUGUGGAAUAGGGCUGGGCAGCUGGGGGCACACAGGACAGCCCCCAGCGGGAACAGCUGCCUCUAUGCCCGAGCUGCCUGGGACGUUUCCAACCAAAAGCACAUUUCUUCCAUCCCACCAUAAACCGCAAAUAAAAGCUACUUCUUGACUCUGGAAAA